AUGUCUCACUCAAGUGGGUCUGACGCAGAGUCCACGGGACAUGUCUCGGAAGAGGAGGUUUUCGCGGUCGACCAGCUCUCCGACGCAGAGUCUGUAUAUGAGGAUGUUGUACCGCAGCAGAAGGUUGAGAUCGACAACAAGGUUGCUCUCGAACGGAUUCGGGAAACCAUGAAACUACCCUCAACGCUUCCAUGGACAGAAACAUUGACCGUGACCUACCCAGAGACAAUAGACGUCGAUGUAGAUGAUGAUCUCAACCGAGAGCUCGCUUUCUACAAGCAAGCCAUCCACGGUGCACAGCUCGCCAAGUCGCUCGCCGCAAAGCACAGUCUGGCCUUCACACGACCGCCAGAUUACUUCGCCGAGAUGGUUAAGUCGGACGCCCACAUGGAGCGCAUCCGGCAACGUCUGCUCGACGAGGGCGCGUCGAUCAAGCGGAGCGAGGAGAAGCGGAAGGAGAGGGAAGGGAAGAAGUACGGGAAGCAGGUGCAGAUGGAGAAGCUGCAGGAGCGGGAGCGGAGCAAGAAGGAUAUGGAGGAGCGGCUCAAGGGUCUUAAGCGAAGAAGACGACGGCGGUUUGAUGUCGCAGUGGAGGACGCCAUCUCCGACCGCCCUGCAAAACGCACAAAGGGCGCCGGCCCUGGAGGCAAGAAGUUGCCCCGGCAAGCGCGAGACCAGAAGUUUGGUUUCGGUGGGUCCAGGAAACAUGCGAAGCAGAAUACGAAGGCCUCCACGGAUAACUUCGAUGCUAGUAGUGCAGGUCGCGGGAACGCGAGGGGUGGGAAGGGCGCGAAGGGCGCUGCAAAAAGACCUGGUAAAGGUAGACGCAUGGCUGCUCGCAGUCGCUCGUAG